UGAAAGGUCCAUCAACUAAAUGCCAGGAAUUAAUUGCCAGUACAUCAACAUUUAUCUGAAAUCACUGGCUUUCUUUGCUCUAAAUAGUUUUCUAGGUUUGCAAAACUUGCUGUUGCACAUGGUUUGGUAAUCAUGCUAUAUUGACUCGUUGACAGACAGAGAGUGUGGUUUUGGGUUUGGGCAACCCCAGCUGCAUAGCAUCAAGUUGUGUGCGGGAGAGGGCGGAAAUGGGGCGAAAAAUCUCAAACCUGCCAACCUUCUUCUUCAAGUCACUUCUGCCAGUGAGAGAGGAGUCGCUUGCAUCAGCGUUUAUGGCAUUUGUGUAAUUUUUAUAAAACUGGACAUCAUACAAGUCAUUUAGGAUAAUCGAAACGGCACUUUAUAUUUCUGAAAACGUUUGAGAAAAAAAUAAAAUCCCGACCGUUUGCCUAUGCAUGAUGGAGAUUGGGGAAAGGAAUGAAAUUGCAGAUAUUUAGGCGCCCCAAAGUCAAACUAACAAUUAUAGCCUAUCGUCGAAUUGGAAUAAAGCCGUGACAAUGGCAACUGUUGCUUUUGAGGGAACUUCGCUCAUGAACAUGUUUGUACAGAACUGUUGGGUUGUUGGCACACAACGAAUAAUCGGUCACCGCGGCAAGGAAGAAUUCAUUGAAGUCCGGACCGAACUCUCGGACAGGAGCGUUCUCUAUUUGCACAGAACGGACCGCGAUCUUGGAAGCCUUCUGAAGAGACUCAUGGAUGCUUUCCCAGAGGACAGAGGAACUCCUACACAGUCAGCGCUCUUAGAUGGACUUAUGCGAAUCAGAGACGCUGCAGAGGCCAAUUAUAUUGAGGUUCGAUUGCAGGAGGUGGAGAAACUACUCAGGAGAGUCGUCACCUUGCCAAUUAAGUAUUCACGGUCAGAAGCAGUGCUCACGUUCUUUGAGCAAUCUCCGCUGGACCUGAUGAUAAGAGAAAACAACAUCAGCAACAUGGAGCCAUACUACCAGAGUCCAGUAACAGUAUCAGAUAUCAUGAGGUGCAAUGGGUUUUGUCUGGCUAACACAGAGACCAUUUUCUAUGACUACAGUGCACCACAGGAUAGACACAGAGCCCUGUCAGUGUCCACGUGUACAGAGUCUGCGGGUUUUGGGUACGAUACCCAAUCUGGGUUUAAGGAGACCCUGGACCUCGUUGAGACAGCAUCAACGGAUGAUAGUGCCGAAAACCAAGAAACGUAUUUCCCUAAUCUGACCUACUACCAACUACUGACCUACGAGACUGAUAUUCUGGAGUGAACGGCAGCGGCGGACAUAUUUGUUGAUGGAUCCUUUUAGUCUUCUUCUAAUGCCUCUUAAAGGGGAAAGUCAUCCAAGUAAUCAGAUUACGUAAUCCAAAGGUUACGUUACUGAUUACAAUUUUUAGAAAGGUACAGUACUUUUGGCCAUACAGUGUAACUAGUAACUGCAACGGAUUACAUUUAGAAAGUAACCUGUCCCAAACCCUGGUUACAGACUGAUGCUGCUAGAUUCACUGGUCCGAUCCAAAUGAUGUUGGUUACAGACUGCUGCUGCUAGAUUCAAAUGGUUUCACAUUUGUGCCACGAUGACAGUCGAAUAAAAAAUACCCGUUCUCCAAACUGAUGAACCAAUAUACUAACUCUUAUCAAAGUUGUCCAUUGCAUUGCAGUGAGAACUGAUGUCUAUUCCUAUGGAGUUUAAAUCACCAGAUGUGUUUUCCCACAUGCAGUUGAAUAGGUUCUCUCACCUUAUUCUAGGGUUUCACAUCCUGGAAUUAUGCUAUGUUAAAGUUUUGUUGAUAAAUACUGGUUGGAGAUGGGGAGAUAGAUCAGAGGGAUAUAGCACAGAAAGUGAGUGGCGGGCAAUGUGUGGUCUGGGGGGCCAGCACUACCACCAGACCAGACCCCAACACAUUUCCAUGGAUCUCUACCCCUAUCGCAUAUCUUGUUGGAGCCCACAUUGCCGUAGGAUUAAUUCUGAUGUCAGAAUGCACAGUGAGAAAACAGUACAUAAAAGAGAAUAAGUAAGUAAAGUGUGUAUCUCAAGUCUGAAUGGGGCCCACAUUGGAAUUUGGUGCCCCAGUCUAGAAUGUAAGCUGCACAACACUGCCAUAAACUGGCCAAUGAGGAAAAAGCACAUCCCAGAUAUGUUUCCUGCAGUUCUUUGGGUGCAUCUCGAUAGUGGCUUUCUCUCCUCGUCUCCUCUCCUUCAUCUGCAUUGAUCUGUAACAAACUGCAAAGGUAAAAGGAAUGUAGUGAAGCCUAUACUAGAUCCAGUUCUUUAAGUAAAUCCCAUCCAGUUCUUUACUCUACUCCAAUCAAGUUCUUUACGCUAGUCCAAUCCAGUUCAUUAAGUAAAUCCAAUCCAGUUCGUUACGCUAGUCCAAUCCAGUUCUUUAAGUAAAUCCCAUCCAGUUCUUUAAGUAAAUCCCAUCCAGUUCUUUAUGUAAAUCCAAUCCAGUUCUUUACGCGAGUCCAAUCCAGUUAUUUUACGCCAGUCCAAUCCAGUUAUUUUAUGACUGUCCAAUCCAGUUCUUUAAGUAAAUCCCAUCCAGUUCUUUACGCCACUCCAAUCCAGUUCUUUACGCUAGUCCAAUACAGUUCUUUAUGCCAGUCCAAUCCAGUUCUUUACGCCAGUCCAAUCCAGUUCUUUACGCCAGUCCAAUACAGUUCUUUGUGCCAGUCCAAUCCAGUUCUUUACGCUAGUCCAAUACAGUUAUUUUACGCCAGUGUAAAUGAAGAAAAGUAGACAAGUAGAGAAAGCCAUUUUAGACUAAUCAAAUCAAAUACCAGCUUAUUCGUCACAUACACCAUUUACAGCAGGUGUAAAAGGUGCAGUGAAAUGCUUGUUCGCUAGCUCACUCAACAUUGCAGUACAAUGAUCAAUAUCAAUAUGAGAUACAGCCUGUGUGUCUUCAUCUUGCCAUCCAUUGGUUUCCUGAUCAUUUUUGCACUUGUGUCAUUUCAUAUAAUUUGCCGAAGUAACACCUUCUUAGAGUAACAGUGCAGUAUUUGGUUUUUUCGAGUUGUUAUAAAAAGAGUUGCCUAACGUCUCUAUCGUCAAUGACUGAAAAGGUAAACAAGGAACUGGUAUUCAUGUUUUGACCGGAUCUUUUGUUGGCUUUUAACAUUAACGUAAAUGUUGUAUAAAUAAAUACAAAAUCUGUGUAUAAAAUCCACUAAAAAUAAAAGAGUAUAAUGUAAUGG